AUGAGUGUACUGCCCGAUGACCUGAUGAUGAACUACGAUCCGAGAAACGUGGAUGAGAACUCCGGCCAUGACGGGGAUGAGAUGAUGUAUUUGAAAUUAGGAGACCCGUCGAUGUUUGACGACCAUAUCGAAGAGAAACAAGUCUUUGAGGACGCCUCGUUGAGCCACAUGCUGGAUGAACAUUUCGACAGUAUCAAAGUGGAUACGUCCAUGCCUAUCAUAGAUUCCGGCGAUGCCGUCGUGAAUUAUCAGCAGAUUAUUGAUGAUAAAGUAUUGUUUGGUAGGAGUCUGCCGAUAGAUCCAGAUUCGGCCGUCGAGAACAAUACAGUGGAUUUGACUACGUUGAUACAGUAUGUCAAUCUUGAUGAAGACAGUUUACCUUAUAAAUUGACUGUGAAUGAUUUGCCUGAAGUGACCAGGGUGGAAAAUCAACUCAAGGUGACCCUCACGUUCGACCAGCCGCUGCAUGGUAAACACUACGUUCAACUACCUACAAAUACAAUAUCCAGACAAAAAUUCUAUCUGCAAGAACCACUGACUCUGGAAUCUGAUCCAUCGGUAGAUAAAGUUCUUCAAAUUAAGACUUUUCUGUUGAUUAACGAUGAAUAUAUGAUGUCUAGUCCCAAAGUAGUCGAUGUCUGUAUGAAAUGUGUUCAAAGAGAGCAACGUCGUGCAUCUCGUAGAAAAUCAGGACUCAGCGAUAAUUUGUUAUGGUGUGAUAAUCCAAGAAGAAGUGCUAUUUUAUUUAAUAAUAAACAAUUAUUGGCUUUGAAACAGGAUAAAGAAGUUACACUUACCACUAGAAUGGUUUGUUACUGUAGACAUCAUAAAGCUAACGAUGGCUUCAAGAUAUUAUUGGUCGUGUUGGAUUCUCAAAAUAAUGUCUUUGCAAAACAAAUUACGACACCAAUAAUAAUUACUGAUAGAAAACCUUCAUCAAUAAAUAAUUCAGAUUCGGUGAUAGAUUUGAUCGCCAAGAAUGAUUUGGUACCGACUUUGUCGAGUGCAAAUACAACAAUAUCAUCAUCGAUUCAAAAUAUACAGGAUACUCGCUCCGCAAGUAAUCAAUCCUUGAACAGCAGUAGUGCUGUCUCGCCUUCAUUACCUGCACAACAACCGAAACGUUAUAUUCCAUCGCCAAAUUCUUUGAGUGAAGGAGGUUCCGAAUCGUUUACUAGUGAGUAUGUUAGUGCAAAUUAUCAGGAUUAUUCUUCCUCUGCUACCACAGCAGAUUUCUUACCAAGGCAAAAUUCAAUGAAUUUUAAUAAUUUGGCUUUCACUCCAACUACACAAAAUCCAAGAAAAAGAUCACAUUUAAACAUUGCCUCAUCAUCGAAUUCUGCUUUCUUGACAGAUUUUACCAAUGACCUUAACACGUUUAAUGAUCAAAUUGAUCCAAACCAACCUACAUUGGAACGUGUCAUCCCAGGUAAAGGUCCAACUACAGGUGGUAUCGAGGUCACGCUACUUGGGUCUAACUUCAAAGAUGGUUUAAAGGUUAGAUUUGGAAAUAACUUGGCUCUUUCGACUCAAUGUUGGAAUAGUUCUACAAUGGUAACAUAUUUACCUCCAACACAGACACCAGGCCAGGUAUUAGUGACGGUGACAGAUCCAGAUGAUCCAAACAAUAAUGGUCAAUUACCACCACAUAGUUAUACCAACAAUAAUAUACAGAGCUCAGUGUUUACUUACACCGAUGAAACGGAUAGACAAUUAAUUGAACUGGCUUUACAAAUUGUUGGUUUGAAAAUGAAUGGUAGAUUAGAUGAUGCAAGAAAUAUUGCCAAAAAAAUAGUUGGUAGUGGCGAAGACGCUUCAGGACCAACAGAGGGACAAAACGCUACAAUGGAUAGUUCUCAGUACAAUUAUAAUGCCGAUGUCACAGAUGAAAAAUUGAUAAUUCAAGUGAUAAAAUCAAUGAAUAAGACAACAACUCAUUUAUCGAUGUGUGAUACAGCCGGAAGAACAUUAUUGCAUCUAGCUGCUUUGAGUGGUUAUUAUGAUUUAAGUUUAUUAUUGAUCAAAUCUGGGGUUAGAUUGACCAUUGAAGAUUCAUUCGAUUUUACACCAUUACAUUUUGCUGCUAUUGGAGGUGACCAAAAGGUUAUUACUUUAUUACUGAGCUGUAAUUCCAAUAUUAGAAUUAAAAACGGUAGUCAUAUUACUCCAAAACAAUUAUUUGUGGAUAAUUUCAAUGAACAGACUCAUGAAUCAUUCAAGAUAAUCGAAGAAUUGUUCGAUAAACACGAAAGUAAGAACAACAAUUCUGAUGAUUUAUCAAGAAUAUCUUCUCAUUCGAGUAUGGACUCAAGUAUAUUUAAUGAGGAUUUGAACGAGAAUGCAUUGAGAUUAGGAUCAAGACGAAUCUUUGAUGACCUUUAUAGUGAUGCUGAUGCUGAUGCUGAUGCUGAUGCUGAUAGUGACAGUGGAAGUGGAAGUGAUGUUUCAGAUUGUGAUUUCGAAGAUAAUAUCUCAUUUUCGGAAGAUGAUGAAAAUAACGACGAAGAGCAUAAUGAUAUGGGUGAGGACAGAUAUAUUCAAAGUGUUAACGGUGAUACAAGUUCCGUGGAAACUGAGCCUCAAAUUAUUGAAAGCCCUGUAAUCAGAGAACAAGCUGAUCAAACAGAAAGUAAUAGCACUAAAAGACAAUCACUAUGGGAUAGGAUGUUAAAUCAUUUGAAUGAUGACUUACCUAGCUAUGACGAUUUGUUCCCUAGACCAAAUGGUGAUGUAAAUGAGGAUACUAAAGAGAUCGGAGUAAUAAGGCAAGAAAUCGAGUCAUCCCAGGACACACAUAAUGCAUCAUCGACCUCUGAAGAUGAUGAAGAUGAUAUGUUACAACGUAAAUUGAACAGAUUUUUUGUUAAUCAAAAGAAAACUUUCCAGAAUGAUAACAUGUUAUUGUUCUUUUGGAUUCCCUUAACUCUAUUAUUAUUAACGUUUGUGAUAUUCAAUAGCAUCUACCAAGGUAACGAGUCAAGUUUUAUCACGAAAUCAACAGAAUUGGUUAAAAGUUAUCUGAUGGUAGGUCUCGGUAAGAUUUGGUUAGGUAAUCAAAGAAUGAAGAAUUAUGUCACUGAGAAUUUAAAUAAUUUCCCAACGACAAAGAAAUUGAAUGAUCUGAUUAUUGGUUGA